GAAUUUUUCGUCCGGCCACAGCCAUGGCCGGACAUCCCUCGUCCUCUGUCAUCUCACCUCGUUUGCCUUCGCACGGUCGCACACUGACAGCAAAAGAGAAGGCCCGGGCAGGGGAGGGGAGGUGAUAGUACCAGUCACAGCUGAGCCGAGGUGGAGACUUGCCAUCAGCCGCGACUAGCUAAUCCGGUUGGCGGUUGGGCUGUACCAACACUAGCUAGCUGCCUCUGGUGUUUAGUCGCCUCCCACUCCCGAAUUCUCUUUGCCACUCUUUGUUGUUGCGUGUUGUGGCACGCUCGCCUAACUUUUGGCUUCCCUCCUCCCUCCUCCCGAUCAGGUGCCCUUCAUUCCUGCGCAGCGUCAGUGUUGCUCUUGGUCGCUCCUAUCCUACCCGUUUGCGCUUCUUCUCUGCGUGGCUGACCGGCCGGAGACAUGUCGAAGAAAAUUGUGGUGAAGCUGGAUUUGCAUGACAACAAGGACAAGCAGAAGGCGAUAAAGGCCGUCUCUGUGCUCGUCGGCAUCGACGCCUUAUCGGUGGAUAUGGCAUCGCACAAGAUGACGUUGAUCGGAACGGUGGACCCGGUGGACGUGGUGAGCAAGCUGCGCAAGUCGUGGGCGGCAUACAUCGACUCGGUCGGCCCGGCCAAGGAGCCGGAGAAGAAGGAGGAGAAGAAGGACGGGGAGGGCAAGAAGGAAGGAGAGGGCAAGAAGGAAGAGGGAGAUGGGAAGAAGGAAGGCGACGGCAAGAAGGAGGGGGACGGCAAGAAGGAAGGUGACGGGAAGAAAGACGGCGACGGCAAGAAGGAAGGUGACGGCAAGAAGGUGGACGGCGGCGAUGGCAAGAAGGAGGACGGCGGCGAUGGCAAGAAGGACGAGGCGGCGGCCAAGAAAGAGGAAGGCGGCGGCGGUGACAAGAAACCUACCGUGGUGGCGCCUAUGCCUAUGCCACUGCAUCAUCUGCCGCCGCAGUACAUGAACAUGAUCACGACGGACUACAUGAACCAGUACCGCCCGCCACCGCCGCAGCCGUACCCGUACGUGCCGCCCCAGUACUACUACGUGCGGAACAUGAGCAUGGAGGAGAACCCCAACUCCUGCGCCAUAUGCUGAAGGAAGCCGGCCGGCCGCUUUCUUGCGCUGCAUGAGGUAGGCGUACGUGUUCAAUCAAUCCAUGUGUAUAUCCGUCGUAUUAUGAGAGAGAAGAAAAACUAGUUUUCCAAGUCGAAACUAGCAGUACGUAUGUAAAAAAUUGUAACCAAAAUUUGUGAUGCUACGUGCUGCCUGCCCUAUUGCACACUUCUGCAUCAUCUUUUCCUUCCAAGCAAAGAGAUGAAGGAGAGCCAGAAAGAGUGAUCAGUCUUGGAGAGAGGAAUAUGCGGUGCAUGAUGGGUGGGCGGUCUUGGGGGCUGUUCAAACUCUGCUUUCUUUGGAGCCACAAUAAUGAAAUCUUGGCAUUUUGUCAGGCACUUGCUUGUAGCUAGAUGCAUGUGUGCUACUGGUGAUGUACAGAUAGAUUGUUCUUGGCAUUUCAUAA